AUAUUUGGAUUUCUGUCUCAGAAGACUCACUUAAUUCAUUCGCAGCUUGUUAUUCUGGCUCUUUCAGCCUCAAUCUGUUUCUCAUGCUUUUGAAAAUUAUCACUCUUGUUCCUGUUUUUCAUUUUAGUUUUACUGAUAUGAUCUUUCUAAAACUCCAAGGGCCAUGGACACUGUAGUCAAUCAACAUGGUCUUGACAUUGAAGCUUUGAAGUCAUCGUGUCUUCCUCAUGCUGGUGGUACCCAAACAGAAGAUUCUGGGUCUGCACAUUUGGCUGGGUCUUCCCAAUUGGUUGGAGUUAGCAAUGAGGGCAAAUCAAAUCUAGUUGAAAAUGAGAUGUCAAAAUACGAUGCAUUCACUUCUGGUAGGCAGCUUGGUGGAUCAAACAGUGCAUCACAAGCCUUUUACCAAGGGUCUGGAACUCAAAGUAACCGAUCAUUUGAUCGUGAGAGUCCAUCCAACUUGGAUUCUACAUCUGGAAUGUCUCAAUCUCACAAUAGGAGUGAGACAAUCAAUCAAAGAGAUGUCAAGUCAAGUGGAAAGAGAAAGAGAGGUAAAUCAUCACUAUCAUGGGAUCAAAAUAUGGAUAACGCUCAAAUAUUUGAUAACCAGAAGAUUGACGGUCAGACUGGAGAAGUAAGCAAAAUGGAAAUGCCUGGUAAUUCAGGUGACGUUAGGAAUUUGCAUGUUGGGUUGUCAUCAGAUUCAUACACGACUCCACAGUGUGGCUGGCAGAACAGUGAGGUCACAGCAAUCAGGCCACCAGUUCAUGGAAAUAAUGUUGCAGUAGAGGGAUUACUGCCUUCAGGUUCACCUUUUAGAGAGCAACAACUGAAGCAGCUCAGAGCCCAGUGCCUUGUGUUUCUAGCUCUCAGAAAUGGUCUGGUGCCGAAGAAACUUCACGUAGAGAUCGCUCUUCGAAAUUCUUUCUGCGAAGAUGGCUCUCAAACACAAACUCAGGUUGCUGUUAGUCAUUCUCAACUGGCUUUUUCUCCUGGUCUGACCAAACACGCACCAUCAGAGAUGGUGGGGUGGACUGGAGUAAUCAAAAGUAAUGACCUCUCAACUUCUGCUGUUCAACUCGACGAUUUUCAUGCUUCGGCAGAUGAAGAGGAAGGUAAUUUGCAACCGUCGCCUAAGUACACCAUGUCACAGAAAUGGAUUAUGGGUCGACAGAAUAAGAGACUAUUGGUUGAUAGGAGUUGGUCUCUUAAACAGCAGAAAGCAGACCAGGCAAUUGGUGUACGGUUCAAUGAGUUGAAGGAAUCUGUGAGUUUGUCUGAGGAUAUAUCUGCAAAGACCAAGAGUGUAAUAGAACUGAAAAAGCUUCAGCUGUUAAAUCUACAACGGCGAUUGGGGAGCAGUGAGUUCGUUUACAACUUCUUCAAACCUAUUGCAACUGAUGUUGAGCAUCUAAAGUCAUAUAAGAAACAUAAGCAUGGCCGGAGAAUUAAGCAGCUGGAAAAGUAUGAGCAGAAGAUGAAGGAAGAGAGACAGGAGGAGAAUUCGGAAAAACUAGAGGAUUUGUUUAAAGUUAGGAGAGAAAGGUUGAAGGGUUUCAAUAGGUAUGUGAAGGAGUUCCACAAAAGAAAGGAACGGCUUCACCGCGAGAAGAUUGACAAAAUUCAACGUGAGAAGAUUAAUUUGUUAAAGAUAAAUGAUGUGGAGGGUUACCUCCGAAUGGUGCAGGAUGCCAAUCGAUUUGAGAAUGAGGCAGAUGAAACGCGUAUGCCAAAUGCUGCUGAGGAUGAAACUUCAAUUGAAAAUGAAGAUGAGAGCGACCAAGCAAAGGCAUACAAACUCACCACCGUUGGAAAGCUAAUUCAAUUUCCUACAACUUUCAUGAAGGGCUCCAAAGCUGAAUCACAAGUGCAUGUUGAAAAAUCUGUCAACGAAGCGUGUUGGAUGGACUUUGAUUUUCUCGAAAUCGCUUCGUGAUGUUUUCUCUCGGUGUGUCCAUUGGAUGUCUUGAGGCUCACUACGUUCUUCAGUCAUAGGCUCUUUUCCUGGACGUUGUCUCUUUUUCGGAGCCAUGUGUAUCCUACAAAAUAUAAGACAUUUCACAAU